UUAUUUCUGCAGACGCAUACAAUCUUUUCCUUGUUCCUGGGAAAUUUAAUGUGUGCGUUUGUCGAGCAUCCUCAAAUUUAUAUUCUCCAGCGGCAGUUGCAUUUGCAUGGGUUAAAUCACCUGCAGCUCUGAUAAUAUGGGUGUUCCAAGGAGAUGGAUCAAACAAUCGCUUGGCAAAAAGAAAUCAGAGAAGGGCGAAAAUAUUUCUAGAAAUGCUAGCAAGAGCAACCAUAGCAAGCUCUCUGUUGAGCAUGAAAGAGGCAGAUUUGAAAACGUUUUGAAUGAAAAUGUGGACACAGAAAUUGAAGAUGCAUUCUGGCAGUGGGAGAUAGACCACUCCGGGGUGGAUCCGCCUUCUGUUUCACCGCGAGCGGAAAAUGCAUCUGAGCAGCAACCUCAAGAGGAUUGGAGAGAAGAAUGGUUGGAUGAAUAUGCCAAGGAGAAGGAAGGCAACUUCAAGCCAACUUUGGAUUCACCAAACUCACCGGAGGAGCAAAGUGCAGCUCAGCUUGAAGAUGAUGCUGUCCAAGGAUGGGCAACGCCGGAUGUCAGAGAGGUGCUUGAAUCAGAUCCUGAUCCAAUUAGUCCACUAUCCGGCUCACUCGAGUUGGAAUAUGAAUCUCCAGAUGCAAACGAUACAUCUGAUUUAGGGGAGGACCAGAAUAUGCAGGAGGAAUUGGCAACCCGACGUAUCCAAACUGCAUUUAGAGGAUUUCUGGUGCAAAACGAAGCCAAAACUAAAACUAAAACUAAAACUCGACCGCCUAUGAAUGAAGAAUUGGCUGCCUUACGAAUCCAAACGGUUUAUAGAGGACUCAUGGCUAGGCGAGCCUUUCGUCCUAUAAAAGGAAUGGCAAGACUUCAAGCUCUAGUGAAAGGUAAUACUGUGAAAAGGCAAGCUGCCAUCGCCCUUCGCUGUAUUCAAGCUCUGGUAAAAGUUCAGGUCCAUUCCCGAGCUAAACAUGUCCGCUCUACAAUACAAAAUCAAUCUGUACAAAAGAAGCUGAUACAGCAACUUGAAGUUGAGGCUCCAGCUAAAAAACCUGAACUUGUACAGAACACACAGAAUGGGUGGUGUGACAAGGUUGGCUCUGCUGCUGAAAUCCGUGCCAAGACGAAGAAAAGGCAGGAGGCCGCUGCUAAGCGUGAAAAAGCAAGAGCUUAUGCUUUAGCUCGUCAGUGGCAGGCUGGGAUAAGGCAUCAGCCUCAGCAGCAGCAGCGGUGCCAGCCUCCUCAGCAGAAGGAGGAGGCAACACCUGCUGGUUUCCCCACAGUUAAAAGUGAGUGGGGCUGGAAUUGGUCGGAGAGAUGGAUGGCUGUUCGCCCAUGGGAAACUAACUUUUCAGAUGAUGCUGGUGUUAGAGAUGGGACAAAGAGUCCUACAAAAGAACAGGUUGCUCUAGUGGAUGUUCCAACAUCUUCAUCGACAGAGAGAAAGCCAUUGUCAAGUACAGGUAAUGGAAAACCUAUCCCCCGUUUCAACACCACCACUGAGAAAGGUCCUUCAUCGAGGAAGGUAGCUGCUGCGUUGGUAACUCCAACCCCUGUUUCGAGUAGGAAUCCGAGAACACCUAUAAAAAAUUCAGCUACCUCGAGGUCAGCUGUUGGCUCUAGAUCAUUCAGCACUCCUAAAGAGCGAUCCAACCUUUCAGAUAUUCAAGACAAGAAGCGAUUGUCUCUGCCUGGGUCAGUGCAUGGAGCUAAGCUUGUUGCUCAAACUGCUGUCAGAAAGUAAGACUCAGACGCCCGGGGGUUCCAGAAGCAAACUGAACGGGAACGAUGUCAAGCCCUCGAAGCUCAGCCGUUAGCUCUCCCACCAAGGACACAUUCUUGGAGCGGAAACAGCCACAAAACACAACAGAGCUAAGAAUGAAAUGCCUGGACUCAACAACUAUUUUGUACAGGAAAGGAUUUGUAUUCAGUUCAGCAGUAUUUGCUUUGUACACUACAAUCGUUAUAAAAUGAGUUAUAUAAGUAGUUUAUUCCA